ACAGGUUCAUGUGUGUGAAUGGGGCAGUUUUCUACUCUUCGGACUAGUUGCCUACUCAAUUUAGAAUUCCCUCCUAGGAUAAAAUUGAUUAUGCUGGAAUAAGAAAUAAACCCUCCCACAGGAUUGAGUAUGGAAAGGUUUUCUUGGACUCAUGUACAUAUAGCUCAACCCAGGUAGCCUCCUUCGAUGGUCUGUUCAGAGCUGCUCUGUGUACAACUAUGGGGCUUCUUUCUUCCAAGUCCUGUCCUGAAGCAGGAGAGAGUGAGAGAUGGGACGUAGAGAGCAUGAAGCUUUGGAAUUUGCCGUGAACACAUUCAACCAGAAAAGUCAGGAUGCGUAUGCCUACAGGAUGGAGCAUAUCAUGAGUUCCUGGAGGGAGAUGGUAGAUUUUCCAGCCGUGUUUUCCAUGAGGCUUCGGCUGCGUAGAACUAUAUGCAAGAAAUUUGAGGAGAGUCUCGACAUUUGCCCCUUUCAGGAGAGCCAUGCUCUGAAUAAUACCUUCACCUGCCUGUUCACUGUCGGUACCUACCCCUGGAUAACAGAAUUCAAGCUUUUCAAGAGUGUGUGCUCAUAGUUUCUCUGACUGCAGUCAUCCAUGGACUGGCCAUGUACUUCUCUGCAUCCAUGAAGGGGUUAUCUUUAGCAGAACUUCUAUGAUCAUGUUCCUUGUUUUGCAACAUUGUGUAGUAUCAAGACUGGGCAUGUGAAUAAUAACAACAGCGAAAAUGUGUAUCGGUGCUGUUUCCUCAUUUAGAAUAGCUCAUUAAAUAUUGCAUUUCU